CUCCUUUAAUAUAAAUUUAUUUUAAAAUCAAAGUGUAACAGAAGCUUUUAUUGACAUGUAUAUUGAAAGCUAGCUACUGGUUAACGAUGACGGAACGCAUGCAACAAGUAGAUUCGUAUUUGUCUUUCAUGAUUAUCGUCGCUGGUCAAUGCUCGUAGUGCAUAAAGCCGAGUCGAUUAGCGACACAUAUUUUAGUAGAUUUUCACACGUUGCAAGCUGUUUCUGAAAAUAAUUCCAUAUGAAAAUAAUAUCUAUUAAAGACGAGAUCAAUUUCAAUUAUUUAUUUUUAAUUUUAUUCGUAAUUGUCAAAACAAUAUUUGUUUUAAUUUAAUUACGGAAUUUCAGUGAAAAAAAGUUUAUAUGCAAUAGGCAUUGAUUAAAAAAACGUUAGUUAUGAUUUUAACCUUUUUUUAAAUAUGGACCAGUAUAAACUAAAUAUCACUUUUAAUUUAAAUAAUCUUUAAAUGUUCACUGUAGUUAUUAUUUCUUCAUUAAUUCAAAAUAUCAUCGCUUUUUCAAGGUGUUUUUUUUAUUGCUUAGAUGGGUGGACAAGCUCACAGCCCACUUGGUGUUAAGUGGUUACUGGAGCCCAUAGACAUCUACAACGUAAAUGCGCCACCCACCUGGACAACGUAAAUGCGCCACCCACCUUGUGUGACGUCAUCAGUAGCAAAGAAAGUGGAACCGUUGCCUCAGAAUAAUUUAACAUCUGAGCUGGCUCGUGUCGGAGCCGUAUGCAGGCUGUGGCGUCGCUCGGCUUCAGAACCGGCGCUCUGGCGUCGUCUGCUACUGCGCUGUAACUCCGCUGACACGGAAGCCACUCGAGCACUGCGUGACGUCAUAAUAGAUCCUUCGCAGUGGCGGCAAGAGUACGUGAACGCACAUGCUCCGUGGGUCACAGUAGGUGGUCUGCAAGUCGGUUCCGGAUAUGUCCUGCAGCACGCGGCCUUGUCACCCGACGGAAGUCGGUUGGCGAUCACCACUGAUGAUGCUACAUUAUUUAUUUGGGAGCUGUUAGAAGAAGCAUGGAAAGAGUCAUGGCAAUGUGACCUGGGUGCAUUGAGAGGCUGGGCAAGCGCAGCCCGAUCUGACUGGGCGGAAUGCAGCAGUCGGCUUCUAGUGGCGGGGGCCUGCGCUCUAGUCGACAUCGCAACCCGCUGGGAACUGCUCGUCUUUGAUUUUGAUGAGCAGUGCAAGGGGCACAUGAAAAGUCGAGCUCGGUGCGGCGCUGGAGCGGCUGGGUGCUGGGCGCGGUCUGAUGGCAGCUGCUUCCUCUCCUUGGAGCCUGCGCUUUUGACCCCGGGCUUAUCCUACACCACUGUAUGGCUUAAUGCUGCCACUCAGGAAACUGAUUCAGAGUACACGGGCGUGCGGACGCGACUACUGCGCAUAUUUAAUGAAGAUAACGCCCAUGUUUUACAAACACUAGUGAUGGACGAUUCUUCGGAUGAUAUGGUGCCAUCUACAAGCAGAGCAGCUACUUACGUGCACGCCACACGCUGGUACUCUGGACAUUUUGUAUCUGAACAGUCUGUUCAGCGUUUGCUUUUGGCCUCGUGGGGCAACAAGAACCGUGGAGGACUGAGUGCUUGGAGCAUACCGACAUCAUUGAAACGAGUAGAGGCGCGCAGCGGAGGUGAACUUGCGGACCGGUUUGCGGCCCGGAGAGAGCAGCUUCGCGACCCGCCCCCCGACCCGCCUCCGCCCACCGAAGAAGAGCUCAGGGCACUUUGUGACCCCCCAAAGGCCACUUGUGAUCUAUAUUCGAGACCUCUCGGCAUCGUUGAGCAUCCAGGGAGGAAAUGCGUAUGGGUAACCACCAGUAGCGGAGCUGUGUAUUGCGUACAUAUACCGACAUUGGAACCACUGCAGGUCCUGAUACCCGCGCAACUAACGCUUCAUACUGAUUCAUUCUCCCACUACGUCCAACCAGCUGCCUCAACACACUAUGUUGCCACCCCAGCGGGGUCGCUGUCAGGCGCCGUGCACGUCUGGUCCACGACGUGUCGCUCGCACGCGCAGCCGCCGCUCCGCGCGCCCGCCCCCGCCGUCGCCGCGCUCCUCCCCGCGCGCCCCGCGCCCGCACUCCUCGUCGUGGCCGGAGACACCGUACAUAUGUGGCGGAAUCGAGCAACAAUACAGAGCGCACCAGAUACAUACUGAUCUUUCGAAAUACUUAUGUGAUGAUCAUUGAACAUUAAAUUGGACUGUUGACUUGAAAAAAUAUGAUCCAUAAUGUGAUAUUUAUCAUUAAAUUCGUUUCAUUUCCUAA